ACGGUCACACUUUCCACUAGCAGUUUUCCAGAACGUUUGCAUUUGUUUUGUUUUGGGCAAAAUGGUCGGCUCCAACUUUGGCAUUAUUUACCAUCCAAGCGCUGGUGGUUCCUCGGGACAAGCCAACUCCGGUGGUGGUGGAGGAGGCGGCGCCUCUGGUGGUAGCAGCAACUUUAAUGCCAUUGCUGGCGGAGAUCGCACAGCUCCAGCUUCGCAUCUCAGCGACUUCAUGUUGCAGCUGGAGGAUUACACUCCUCUACUGCCGGAUGCAGUGACAUCGCACUACUUGAAUAUGGGCGGUUUCCAUGCGGAUGAUAAGCGUAUUGUGCGCUUGAUUUCGAUUGCAACGCAGAAAUUCAUGUCGGACAUCAUCGAUGAUGCCCUGCAGCAUUCCAAGGCACGGACACACAUGCAGAACGCAAGCGCACCCGGCGGCUCCAAGGCCAAGGAUCGUAAAUUCACGCUCACAAUGGAAGAUUUGCAGCCCGCUUUGGCCGACUAUGGCAUCAAUGUGCGCAAAAUGGAUUACAGUCAGUAGACUGAAGAGAUUAUCGGAGACAAGUCUUUUAGUUUAUACAUUUAGUUUAAAUUCCACACGCAAGCAAUAAAAGCUCCGACAUAAGUUUAGUACAAUGUAA